UGUCGAUACUCGUCUCUUCAGACAACGGUAGACCCGGCGCGGCUCUCUUUAGGUCUCUGUCACAAGCCUCCUAGUAUGCAACGCCUUUACCGGCUGUCUACCCCUCAACGUCCUUGUUUUCUUCAAACAAUGAGCAUUUAUUGCAAGUAGGCAAUUCGCAUCUCAAGCAUUUAUAUUUAGUGUUAAUGAAACAGGAACAACACAUUUCCAUCACGCUGUGCUUUGUCGCUAAUGACUUUCGGCAUUCUCCUCCGGCAUUCUCGUCCUCAGAGGCCGUGCUCCUUUUGGUCAGCACCAAAAAAAACGCGGCCUCUAGGGGCGAGAAUGCAUUACCGGUCGCGAAAUUGUCUUUGUACAACGCAUGCUCAUCAGGGGGCGGCGGGGGUGAAGGGUGGAAUAGCGUUUGGCAGAUGGAGGAGUUUGUAUUUUUGUGACGUUUGCCCAGUCCAUCACAUUUGAAUCAAUUAUUUUGUAAUUUGCAUGAUUUAGGAAUUGAGUUCAGCGCGUGUUUAGAGCGCCGUUUGCUGAAACACCGAACCACUGUCGCAUUAUUCGACUUGGCAAGUCGAACCUAUGUUAGAAUCGAACCAAUUAAUUUGAGUCGAAUUUAAUUGCAGCAAACGUCGCAUCAUUCUUGCGCCUAUUUCAAAAUUAAUAGGUUCGAAGAAUUGAAUUCGACUAAGAUUCGACGUUUACCCUGGGCCUAAGGUGAGUUGCAAUAUCUCAGCAGUUCAGUGCUUCAUAUCAUUUAACUUCUCUUUAUGUCACUAGUGCGAAGCGAGAAAUUUAUCCUUAAAAAAACCCAUGCUGGUCUGUGAUUUCUCUGUACGUGAUAUAGAAUCGGUAACGAUCCAUUGAAACCCAGCUGGUGGACUGAUGCAGUGAACACAGGGCUGAAGGACGCUUACCAAGACGCCGACCAAGUGGUGGCAAUUUGCUCUGGGCGUGCGCAUAAACCAAUAGAGGGUGUCGACGGUGAACUAACUCCCAAACCAGUAAUUACCACGCCCUACAAGCCCGAAGAUGUCUGCGAAGUAGUCGUUGCUAUGGGUAAUAGGGUCUGCCCAGGCUAUCUGAUCUUGCUGACCAUACUCGUGUACCUGUUUGCUUUCGCGGGAUGAACCAAAACAGCAUUUUCACAGCAUGCUGCUUAUGUACGAGUUUAUUGUUAUUUUCAUUUCUUUUUAGUAGUUGUUUUUAAAUCUUUGCGUUUUUCGUUACAUUAUGAUUAGGAAAUAAACAUAACGCAAGUAAGGCUUAUAGCUCCAUAAUUCUUAGCUAGCGAUUGACAUGACAUUAUCUAGUUAGACUGUCGAUUGCGUAAACCAAAACAACUGCACUCCACUUUAGGGGCUUUUAAGCAACUAUAAAUGUCUCGUACUCAGAAUCUUUCUGGGAAGAAUAAAUACCCUUUACAUUUACAAUACAAGUUUCUUUUGCAUUAUAAACGACUGACCUAACAAGAGACAGAGUAUCAUCACAUCCCAAGCCAUAGAGGAAAAGUAAAUUCUACAACAGGUCAGGUAGCCAAUAUUAUUCGAGCAAGCUGAUACUAGUUUCUGUGGCAUUAAGCGACUAGAGUAUUCCUGGUCAUCCUUUCUUGGGGUGCUAGUUCAUCGAAGGUUUCAGAUCUCAUUUAAAUUCGUCGAUUCUCAUUUUUACACCUGUAUGGGUGGAGGUUAGCACUAUUAGAGUAAAACGACUCAUGCUCAAGGACACGACACAAUAGACGGAAUCAGUUAACGUGUGUACAUCGUUAUAGCCACCCAGUUCAGGUCAUGUGGUGAUUGACUUGGGAGGUUACAGUUGUUCUGUUUGUAAAUACUUGUUAGAGAAUAAAAAUGCAAGCCAGAAUGUAUUCUAUAAAGUUACUUAUUCGUUAUUAAAUUGUUAAGGGAAAACUUGUUUUUGGUGCAGGGUAAUAUAAUCGUGGGAUUUUUCGGAGCAUUAAAAAAGGUUACUUGAUUUUCCAUUUCAUUACUGAUCAAAUUAUAUUUUCCCCUUAUGCUAUGUUAUUUUGUAGUUUUCGCUUUAGAACGAAAACUUGACUUUAUUCAUAUUCCAUUUGACACCGUCGUUUAGGUAUUUUCCAGCAGUGUUUACCGUUGCUAUGGCUAGUUUCUUUUUGGCGUCAAUCGAGAUAAUGAAAUAAAUUGAUCUCUAUUUUUUUAAGCGCUCUUCCAGGAAACAGAUAUCUGGGAUUCUAUAACUUAUCAGGAUUUUGUUGUGUGAUUUUUUCAGCCAAACGUUUUUCGUUUAAUCGUCCUUUUUGGACAUUGAAAUACAGUCGUUUAAUUAAGAUUUACUAACACUUAACACGCUUCCCACAAGAUGAAAAGUAACGUGUCCUUGCAGCUGAUAACAUGGUGGUGAUUCAUUUGAAAAUGUUUAAACUCAAGAGUACGUACAGAGAAUGAUAUGGACUAGGCGGGUUCAGAAUUUGAGAAAGGCCAACCCACGAACUUGGGAUUGAGCAAUUGUUUUGUUUGUAAAACUUAUGUCGCGGGAGAUUUACGACAACAACCUUUACAUCUAAACUUAGUAUUAUCCUCAACUUUUAAUCAAUAAAAACCAAGAUUGUAAGUUUUAUAUUACUCAUAUUACCUUAUUUUGGUCAGCCACCUAGGAAUAGUCGGUUAAAAUCAAGGUAGAAAAUGUUUUAGUCUACCUCGAUAACCUCGAAGGAAAAUAUGCUAAGUAGCUUUGUGCGCAGUCGCAGUAAAACCUUAUGCGAACUGCGCAUGACAUUACGUUAGCUUGAUUGAAAGUUUGACUGCGAUUUGAUGGAUCAUAUGGUUGCCCCUUUAAAGGAACGUGACCAGUGAACUCCUAGUUGUUGAAGUAGUUAUUGUAGCAAUCCAAAACGUUUGUAGAAGAACAUUGUGACAACUGUACUAGAGAGAUCAUUGGAAAUUAAGAGUGAAGUAACCAAACAAGAGAGUGUUGGAGUGAUCUGCUAGUUUCCCAAAAGAUCGCUUUAACAAGUUGGUGGAGUUCCGGUUUCGGUGCCCGACGGACCGGAUUUUGUUUUGAAAAUCCAAUCAGUGGAUGACUAGACGUGGCUAUGUUUUAACCGGACCACUCCGGUUAUCAAAUGCUCGGCUGUGGAUGUUGUAGCCGACAUCAUUGUCAUAUACAGACGGUGGAUUAGACGCCGAGAGCAGCGUUUGCAGUCGCUGUCGAAAACGGAACUAAAAAAAAUAAACAGAACUGAAUUCGAACAUUCAGGGUUAAGUCCCAAGAAGUGGAAGCCGACGCGUGCGUGUCUUUCUUUUACGGACUCGGAGUUACUUCCAGAACUAGAAGAAACACGGCAAGCUAAGAAAAGCCAAGACAAGCCAGCAAAUCAAACCGCAAGAGGGAGUCUAAGACUUAUUGAGGCUGCGUACUCGUUAUUCCUUUUUUGUAACUUUCUCGCAACCUAUGUUAAUUCUAAAUAAUAUUUUUGCACCUACGCAGUUGUGCCAAUGCUCGUUGUGAUGAUAUAAUUUUGUUUUCUUCAAGUUAAAAGCUUGCCCCGACAUUUGAUUGGGAUUGAUAGGAAUAGUGGUUGCUGCAAUUUAUGCCACCUAAACCUAAGGCCUCUAAAAAGAGUAUUACGCGUUCUCAAACACGUCAGGCACAGCUGGUUGAAACACCCAAGGAAAGUAAUACUUGUGUUUGUCCUGCAUCCGGUAUCAUGAAUGUUGAGCAAGAAGAAGAAUUUUUAAAUUCUUCUUCUUGCUCAACAUUCAUGGUCAGCAUUCAUGGUUUUAAAAAGCCUUACCACUUUUUCUGACGCCAAUAAAAGGCGAUCUAAAAAAAAGAAGCGACAAGUAUUACCCGAGCUGAUACUAGUUUCUGUAGCAUUACGCGACUGGAGUAUUCCUGAUCUUCCUUUCAUGGGGUGUUAGUUCAUCGAAGGUUUCAGAUCCCAAUUAAAUUCGCCAAUAUCCAUUUGUACGCCUGCAUGGGUGGAGUUUAGCACAAAUAGAGCAAAACGUGUCACAUUCAAGAACACAACACAAUAGACGGAAUCAGUUGAUUGAAUCAGUUGAUUGACUUGGGAGGUUACAAUUGUUCGGUUUGUAAAUACUUCCAAGCAAUCAGUUUUAUGAGUCAAAUUGCACAUUUGUAAUCUCCGUAAUGAAUGUUCACGUGGUCUGAGUUGGGUGGUGUAAACACUUUAGCCGAAUCCAGCGCAUUAAUCAUCUGGUCACCGCUUCUCCCGCUAACCACCGGGAAGCGAGUUGAUGUACGAUCCUCCGGGGUGUGCUUUCAGUCAUUCGAGUCAGAUUCUGAAGUUUUUGCGAGGUCGAUCACGAAACACUUCUUUAACUUUUUGGUGAAGGUGAAGGUGAAGAGGGGAAAAGAAACCGAAAUAUAGAUCCGAAUUACGAUUACUGACAGCUCUUCAAACUCCGCGUAUUAUGGCUCCGAUUCAUUGUUUUGAAGUCAAGGCUUUUAAGCAAGGUGAAAACGAAUACAACCACGACGAGGUUGUCGCGACUUGGGGCCACCGUGUUAAGCCCAACCGGCUCAAACUCCGUUUUCUGUAGCAUGAAGCGGCUAGGAAUAUUGCUACUCCCCCCAGAUGGGAUGCAAAUCCAUCGCUGGAAAGGUUUGAAAUGGGGUAUCGACUUUUAGCUCAAGUCUAGAAUAAGGUAUGGAAAAUCACUGAUUUUGGUCUAAAGUAGGGUACGUACAGAUUCCAAGGUUCUUGCCGCACAGCCCAACCAAAAGCAUUCGGGAGCCCCAACCCCUUGUAGUUAUGUAGCUGAACGUGCGUCAUACUAUAAUUAUCAUGAUAAUUAAAAUGUAAUAUAACGAUAUGAUAAUUUCCUCUUUGUGCAGUGUCAUGAUAGAUUCCGCUCAUAACAGGCAAGCUAUAAUUUCGCUACAAUUUGUUGACAGAACACUAUGAUUGUUCCUCUGUGCCUCUUCCUGCUGCAUUCCGCUGCGCUGCAAGCCUCAGCUGACCUCGCUAUAGAGCAUUCCUUUUUCGCUGCUCUGGAUGAAGAUCAAAAUGUGAAGCUGUAUUGGAAUGUUAGCACUGAAAGCAAAGAAAUUAACUUCACUGUGGAAGCCAAAACGACUGGAUGGAUCGGGUUUGGAAUCUCCAGCGGGCAAGGCAAGAUGAAAGGAGCUGAUAUUGUGAUCGGCUGGGUGAAAGAUGGAAAAGCUUACUUCAAGGAUCGACAUGCCGAUGGUUACGUGAUGCCAGCGGUUGAUUCCCAGCAAAACUAUCAGUUGAUUUCCCUGACGGAGAAGAGCGGGAAAACCACAAUGAAGUUUUCAAGAAAGUUUGACACUUGCGAUUCAGAAGACAACAAAAUUGAGGCAGGAACGACCAAAGUUAUUUAUGCUUAUCAUCCAGACGAUCCUUCCUCAGAAAAUAGCAUUCCAGGCCACAAUCUCAAAAACAUGGGAUCGAGAAGUCUCUUACUACUGAACAGUCUUGAAAAAAUACCAACCUUGCCAUCUGACACUAAAACAUUCGACAUACUGCACGACAAGAUGGCCCUUCCAAAGGGACGAACCAACUACAUGUGUGCCGUAUUUGAGAUGCCAAGAUUUAAUGAAACCCACCAUAUGAUUAAGGUAGGAAUAUUUCGUUUCAACUACUUAAAAAAACACAGAAUAUUUAAAAUAGAACACCAACAAUUGGUUGGUGACAAGUGAGGUUAAGUAAUUGUUGGUCGGUAGGUCGGUCGGUAGGAGAGUAGCUAGGUAGGU